AUGGAAAUUGGCUUUUAUCAAAAUUAUUUUUUAGGCCUAACUCAAUUGGGCACUCUUCUUCCCCAACUUUCUUCUUUGCGUGCUUUAUCAUUCGCUGAAUGCCUUUUAAGUGAAAAAUGUGCUUUAGCUCUUCUAAAUGGAUUACAUCACGGCAUUAGAUUAGCAAAUGAUUCGGCAAAAGGUGAAGAUGCUACAGUGACUGGAAAUACUUUAAUUAAUUCUGAUAACGGAAGAUUUCAAUUAGAGGCUUUAAAUUUAAGUGGAAAUCCGUUGGGAAGUGGAGUAGAACUUGCUGAACAAUUGGCUAAUUUUUUGGCUUUAAAUACAGGAGCAAUUCGCUUUUUGGAUUUAAAUGGAACGGCAAUUCAAUUGGAUCGUCUCUGGGCUGCUCUCAAAUUGGGUGGUCUUGGUCUAGAAGUUCUCCGUCUUGGUGGUUGUCAUAUUGCUCAAACUAAAAGAAGUGUUCGAAAUAGUGGAAAAGACAGUGCUCAAAUUGCUAAUGAAUUAUUUAGUUCUUUUCUUUCACUUAAAGAAUUGGACUUAACGGGAACACAUUUAACUGCAGAACUUUUAAGUGGAAUACUUGAAGGUAUUUCAACAAAUCCAAAUCUCCCGUCUUCUUCUCUUGCCUUUUGCCUUGAUAAUUGUAUUGUUGGUUCUACAACUCAAUGUGUUAAUGUUUUUGAGCAAUAUUUGCUUGAAUGUCCCUGUAUUUGUUCCUUAUCUUUACGUGAUAAUUCUUUAGAGCAUGAGACAUAUCGCCUUCUUCCAAUAAUUUGCAAAAUGCGAGGGCUCCGUAAAUUUGACAUUGGUGGUGCCAACUUUUUUGGCCUCAAAGCAAACAAAAAACAUGCACAAAUGUUGUCUGCUAUUGUUACAGAAUUUGUUAGACUUGUUAAUGGAGAGGAUGAGGAAUCUAAUUUGGAUGAAUUGUCGUUGUCAGAUUCUCGGCUUGGUUCUCAUUUAAGUAUUCUUUUGAAUGCUUUAGGGCUUUCUAGAUCACUUCGGAAACUCAAUCUAUCUAAUUGCGAUCUUGGUCCAGGCGGUGCUCGCCUUCUCAGCAAAUCACUUCAAUUAAACCAAUCGUUACGCCAACUUUCACUCGAUCGUAACCAAAUUGGUAUUGAUGGUUUUUAUGAAUUGGCACGUGCUUUAAGGCUUAACAAUACUUUGUUGGCUUUGGAUUUGCCUACUUCUGAUUUGUCUGAUUCAAUGGCACUUUUAGCUAGAAUACCAAUUGAAAGGGCUCGUUUAAUGGCUAUAAUUGCUGAAAUUGAGGAAGCUUUGAAACGAAAUGUUGAUUUUUCUUUAACAAACGGACCGACAAAUGGACAAUUGGCAAUGAAAGCAAUGCAUUCUUUGAAUAUUGGAUGUGAUCGUUACAAUAUAAAUGGCUCUGAAACCAGUGAAAUUAAAAAAGUUGCUUUUCACAAAAUUGGAAAAUUAAUUGCACAGUUUGGAGAACAAAAAUCUGAUGAUAUUAAUAUAUUCAAUGAUUCAUUUAAAAAUAAUGGGGAUAAGAGAAGGACAAAAAUUGUCGAUAAAUUUAUUGAAGAACUUGGGCAAUUUGUUGAAGACAAUAAUAAAAAUUUUUUACAAUCUUUCUCUGAUCGUCUAGCUGCCCAAGAAUGUGUAGAAAUUUGUUCACUCAAUAACCAACAGCCUGAUAUUAUUAACAAUAUUUUUGAAAAUCAUGCAAAAGAAGAUCAACUUAAAGAAAAAUUGACACAAUUCUUUAACAGAUAUACAAGGCAAAAAUUAUUUUUUUUAAAACUAAAUUUAAAGUAA